UCUGUCCGUCUCUGUUCUGCUUUGCCCCUUCGUCGGAAGUCGGUGUGCGAGUGAGAGCGCGAGUGAGAUCCGAAGCCGCCUGCAUCACUGUGUUGGUUGGUCUCUUGGCAGAACAUCUCGUCGUGGUGUGUCUUCAGGACCGGACCAACAAGAAGGACGUCGUCAUCGCCGCCGACGUCGGUCGUCAGUCAGUCGAUAACGCGAUUUUCCCGCAAAACGUUCUCUCUGUGCCGUCUAGCGCUGCCGAUUUAAUAUUAUUAUAUUCAAUCAAUUUACACACAAAUUCACACCAGCUCAUUACAACUCACCGCCGUCGUCAUCAUCAUCUGAGUAUCGUCGUGCUUUUUCCCACCCCGAAAAAAAAAAAUUCCGGAAAAUCUGUGUGAAAUUUCGAUUCAUAUCCAAGCUUCAAGCGCGACCGACCUUCUUCUACGCGGUUUUCGUUCGGUUCGGACACUUGCUAAGUACUACCUAAGUGGUUCAUACGGCUUGCCGGGAUCACGGUGGACCUCUGGGCGUUCGUUGCCGGUCCAUACGAAGCGUAUACAAAGCGCGAUCGAGUUUGAUAAGUGCCAGUGACCACCCUACCCUCCCCCGCCCGUUACGAGAGUGCCGAUAAAGAAGUGUUCUGUGUGCUGCGAAUCCCAAAACGGUGGGAAGUUUGAAGAAGCCAGUCAGUGAGAGCUCCAGCAGAGUCAGAGGGGAAGAAGUAGUAGAAGAGCGAGAGAAGUGUGACCUUUGAUCCCUUUAAAAAAAAUCCCAUCAUUUUUCCAACCGAAAACACCCCUGAGGAAGCAAAACCGAAACGUUGUUGACAAAGCACGCGCGACAAAGAGGCUGGUUAGGAAAUUAAAAUCCGGGUAAUUUGAAUUGCUUGAAUUAACCCGCGUGCGGAGAUUCGUCGUGACACGACACAAAAGUAAAAAAAAAAACGGCAACAGGAGAUUGUGUGCAAUUUAUUAAAAAUUUAAACUAAGAUUUACAGAAGUAUACCUGAUUAAGCGAAAAAGAUAAAAAAUUUGAACUGCAAGCGAAUUUUGUUGAGAUUUGUUUUUGUUUUAAGGCUUUUAAGGAAACCGAGGAAUUUAAGCGGGACAGGAUAGGAGGAUUGACAUUUUCGAAGUUGCUCAAUAGUUAAGGAAAGACACACACGCAGAAGCGCAGUUUAGCAGAGAGUAUUUUUGUGAGCGUUUUAACCAAAGAUUUUCUGUCGAUUCAAUCAUUCAUCGCCGUCGUUGUCUUCGUCGUUGUGAGAUUUUUUUCGGUGUUUUUUCCCCCAUUCGUGCAAUAGGCAAUAGGCCCAGGUUACAGAGGCAAUUUGAAUUUAAAACAAGACAGAGUAAGAUUUAGAAAAAAAUAAAAAAAAAUCAAAUCUAGCGGUCCUAGAUCAAUACCUAAGCAUACUUAAGUAGUCGCCAAACGAGAGACAAUCAACAUAUCAAACGAACGGUUCGUGUAUAUCAAGUUUGUACGGCUAGCUGGUCCGGGUUCUGACUUUGAUAAGUCCACGUAGAAGAGAGGUGGUACAGCAGCAGCAGCAGCAACAGCAGAAGAAACUCGUUUUUCGCCCCGCGCUCGCGUGCUUUCCACACCCUGUGUCUCCAGAAAGAAUCUCGCGUCGUCCCAUCCCGGCGAACCCCAACCGUGGAACGAAACAAGAUUCGAGCGUACAAGUGAUCAACCCGAAAAGAGCGAGAGAAUAAUAGCAAAAGCAGAAGCAACAACAAAACCAACAGCAGCCAGCCAGUACACGAAAGUGUGUAGAGAGAGAGAGAGAGAGAGCCGGAGACGAAGUGAAGAAGGCAGGUAGAAGAAGAGCAAUUGUUUACACCGUGUGCGCGCGAUCGGCGGACUUGUCGGACGCGAUCGGGAAGCAAAGAGAAAACGAAGAACUCGAAGAACGCCCCGAAACCGGUUAUAUAUAAUCAAAAAUAAUUACAAUAAAUAUACUCUGGGCUUUGGUCUCUUGGCGUUCUUUGGCCGUCGUCUUCGUCGUCGUCGUCGUCGUCGUCGUCGGUUUUGUGAACUCUUCUUGUUGGGUUGAUCGCGAGCGUGAGCGCGUCUGCUUCUGGAGAACUCCCCUUCUUCGGGUACUUGCUUAUUAUAGACAAAAAAAAAACGCGCGAGGAAGAAGAGUUUUUAAAAGAUUCGUUCACUUGUUGUCUAUUCCGUGGCCGCCGCCAAGAAGUCAAAAGAGGCUCGCUAUUCACAUACACACACAUUCAUACAGAUAGAGACAAUCGCCUGGUCCGAACUCGGUAAAGUAGUCGAGCAGUGUGUAUUUUUAGAAGCUAGAGAUUUCCAAACACACCGGCACCAGCAAUAUCCAGUGUGAGUGCGCCCCGCGAGGAGGAAACAAUUAUCGAAACCUAGAGUUUAGCGAACGUGAAAGAGAUAGAGAGUGAGAGGAAGUUUACUAGAAUUUUUUGCGCUAGAACAAUCAAAUCAGAAUUAAAAAAAAACAUUACAUUUUUAAGGUUAAGGCUAUUUAAGCAUAAGGAGAAAGCGUUUUGACAAUCAAAUCAACCGCUGUUCAGACCAAUCCGGACCCUUAAAAGUCCGGUUAUCGAGUCGUGUUUCCAAACUCUGACAAUCUCUCAAUCAAUCAAUUUCUAAAACUUUACACUCUUAUUCAAAUUUACACUAUUAAGAGACAUAUCGACAAAUCUACACGUGUAUUUCUGUAGCAGGCGAAUCGUAGCAUCGACCGCGCGCCCUAUCGACAAUCGUUCUAAACCCUGUGAGACAAUCCUAAACUAUAUCUAUUACAUUUCCGCCUCCGGAAGGCACCAACCUAGAGAAUAAAGCUAGCUCGUAAGGCAUUAGAACAGUUCAAUUAUCAAAACAAUCUUAGAGAGUAAGACAAAAAUCGUCGUUCGGUAGAUGCAAAUCUAGCCAAGUUAGUCGCAGACUACCAAGUCAGAAGAAGUGUAAACCCAAAAUCAGAAACCAAUCUCAACUCCCGCGAAAAUCGUCGUGCAAGGAAUCGCCCCUUGCCCGGAACCAUUCACGUCACCACGUAUUUCCGACCGGGUCCGAUCUUUUGUCCCCCCUUCAUACCGCCGCCGCUAGGCAGUCAACAGCCGUUCGGUUCGAAUCCUUCCCUACCGCCACCACCGACCUAUCCGGCGCAGUUCGCGACAGCCCUGUAUCCUCCCAGUACCAACUCGACCCCUCCGUCCUCGACCUUGUCCUGUAACGCCGCUCAACAGCUGUGCUACUGCGGUCACUGCAGCUACCCACCACCACCACCUACUAGCCAACAGCAGUUCCCGCAACCCGCUACCAUCAUACCACCGACCCUGAUCCUCAGUCGCUUCACCGAGAUCAACCUCGGUCAGCCAACGGCCGUCGACCAGUCGUCGCAUCAGAACACCAUCAUAGGAUCGCUCAGCGGAAGCGAGCCCAGUCUCAACAUUCCCACCGGCAAAGAAAUCAUGCGAGGUAGCGACGAACUCCUCAGUCAGGCAGCAGUCAUGGCACCGGCAUCGGACAACAACAACCAGGACCUGGCAACCAAGAAGGCCAAGCUGGAACCGAACACAGUGAUCGGCGUGGGUGCCAUCACAAAACCAUCCCGAGUGGUGCACAUCCGUAACAUCCCGAACGAAUCGAGCGAGGUGGACGUCAUGCACCUGGGUGUUCCGUUCGGUCGCGUCACCAACGUCCUGGUGCUCAAGGGCAAGAACCAAGCCUUCCUGGAGAUGGCCGACGAAAGCGCUGCCACCAGUAUGGUGACCAUGUUCACCGCUACCCCGCCGAUCGUCCGCGGCCGGACAGUCUACGUGCAGUUCAGCAACCACCGGGAGCUGAAAACCGACCAGAACCACACGGCGACGAACGUAACGCUGCAAACUCAGGACCUCACUCAGUCCCCAACCGGAUCGCCACUGCCACUGGCCCUCGACCAUGCCAACACCAACUCGAACCCGGGCACCGGAACGACCGGUGUGACGCAGGGCGGCCCCAACACGGUCCUGCGGGUGAUUGUCGAGUCGCUGCUCUACCCGGUGUCGCUGGACAUCCUGUAUCAGAUUUUCCAACGGUUCGGCAAGGUGCUCAAGAUUGUCACCUUCACCAAGAACAACUCGUUCCAGGCCCUGAUCCAGUACCCGGACGCGGCCACGGCCCAGCACGCCAAGCAAACCCUGGACGGUCAGAACAUCUACAACGGCUGCUGUACGCUCCGCAUCGACAACAGCAAGCUGACGUCCCUGAACGUCAAGUACAACAACGACAAAUCGCGGGACUACACCAACCCGACGCUGCCGUCGGGCGAGCCGGGAAGCGACGUCAUUGCCAGUGCCGGUGGCCUAGUGUCGGCCGGUGACCUGCUGCUGCUGGCGGCCGGCCAGCGGCCGCAGCUAACGCGGGACCGACUAGUCAAAUUAGACAAAUCUCCCUAUUUUCUAGUGAACGGCUUAGCAACCCCCGGUGUCAUUCCACCCUUCGGUCUAGGUCUCGGAUCGCCGGCCCUCGCUAGCGCGUACGGCGGUGCCCUACCCAACCUCGGCGCGUUUGCCCUCGCAUCGAACGGUGGCCUCGGACAGCCGAACCCGGCCGUCCUGCGGGGACUGUCCAACGUGCUGCUCGUGUCCAAUCUCAACGAGGAGAUGGUCACGCCUGAUGCUCUAUUUACCCUCUUUGGGGUGUAUGGUGAUGUACAACGUGUAAAGAUACUCUACAACAAGAAGGAUUCAGCACUCAUCCAGAUGGCUGAACCCCACCAAGCGUAUUUGGCUAUGACCCAUUUGGACAAGCUCCGCAUCUGGAACAAGACGAUCCGCGUAAUGGCCAGCAAGCAUCAGGCGGUGCAGUUGCCGAAGGAGGGCCAGCCGGACGCCGGCCUGACCCGGGACUACGCACAGAACCCGCUCCAUCGGUUCAAGAAGCCCGGCAGCAAAAACUACCAGAACAUCUAUCCACCGUCUGCCACACUGCAUUUAAGCAACAUUCCAGCUACCGUCACCGAGGAAGAGAUUAAAGAAGCCUUCACCAAAAAUGUUUUCGAAGUCAAAGCUUUCAAAUUUUUCCCCAAGGACCACAAGAUGGCCCUGAUACAGCUCAGCUCGAUCGAGGAAGCGGUGUGUGCGCUGAUCAAGAUGCACAACUACCAGCUAUCGGAAUCGAACCAUCUGCGUGUCAGUUUUUCCAAAUCCAACAUCUAAGCGUGCCGUGAGAGAAGCAGUGUAGCAACUACAACCAGUAAUAGUAUCCAGAGAAUCCACAUCCACGUCGUCGUUGUCGUCUCACUGUAGUGUUUAGCAACAUCAUCAUCAUCAUCAUGAUCAUCAUCAUCAUCAUCUUCGUCUUAAAGAUUUAAGGAUGAACCACACAGAAACUUGCUCUCAACCCAACAACAAUAACAACAAGAACAACAACAGCACUCGAUUACACUAGUAGAGGGAGGAUAUUCGUUACUGGUGACUGAUCAGUAAGUUCACACUCACAGAAAAAAAAAAGAAUUAAUAUAUAGGAGAAUAAUGCCGAGGCCGAGGAUGAGACUGAUGGAUCGAAUUGAGCUGGUUCCAUGGAGCAUAGCUAGAAAGGGAAGCAGAAAAGUUGCACGUUGUUACAGAGAAUGAGAAAAAGAAAGAUAGAGAAAGAGAGAGAGAGAGAGAGGGAAAGCUAGGAAAAGGUCGAGUUCGUCGUCAUCUCUUACUAUACACACACAUACAAACAAACACACAUACCACUAGAAGUACCACUUAGCAAAAAAAAAAUCCACUAUACUUUUAACUACACUAAAAAAAAUGAAUCUUUUCUCAGUAGUUGUUGUAACCGCAAAAGUAAUUGAACAAACAAAAAAAAAAAAGGAAACUGAUCACACGCCUACAGCGUUUGCUGCGCCAUUGCUCUGCGAUACGGAGGUCAAAACAAUGUUGAAGUCAAAAACAAAUGGGGCUUGGCCAAAAACUCACCCACUCAACAACACAUACACAGAAGAAGUAGACAGAAGAAGUAAACAGAAGAAGAAGAAGAAGUAUCCUAACUGAAUCAAACAAAAUGUAAAUUGAAAUGUGUAAUCUUUUUACCUUAGAAGAAGAUAAGAACAAGAAGCGUUAAAUGGGAACAAAUUAUACCUUUAAAAAACAAAAAAAAAAGUAAUGAAGGAACAAAACAAAAAUAGAAAUCUUAUCAGCCGAGUACAGUAGGAAGGAGGAAGGGAAAAAAAAGUUCAGUGGCGUGAGCGAGAGAGAGAGAGAGAGAGAGAGAGAGAGAGAGGAGGGGAGCUGUAGUAGAAAAUCGUAUUUAAACCUGUACUAAAACGGAAGGAGAAGCAAGGUAGUUGAAUUUUCCAAAUGUACGCAUCAAAUCAGAAAUAUCUGUGUAGGAAGGAGAAGAUCUGAACUAAUAAUAUAAUCUAAUUGUUAGAAAGAAAUACAACCUGUGGAGGAAGAUGAACUUUUUCUCGGAAUUUCGCAUUUUUCCAUGCAAAUCACUGUACGAUUAAUUUAAAACUAAACUAUUUACUAUUUACUCCUACUUUUUACGAUGAUGAAGAAGAAGAAGAAAAGAAAAUGAAGAAUUACGAAUCUGGUGGCUGGUUUUUUUUUUGUGUUAGAUUAUACCUUACCUAUAAUUAGUCUCUUCACCCCCUACUUUUUUUUUUUUAAAUGCAAUCACACUCACACAUUUACUUUUUAGACGAACGAAAGGCGAGAAGGAAGGAAGCAAAAAAAAAACACGUAAAAUGGCGACGAUCUGAGUUUAACGAGUGUGCGUGAGCGAGAACAAGAGAAGAAAGCGAACGGAAGGAGGAGAAGGAGGAGUUCGAGGGAACUCGAAGGAAAACAAUUACUACUGUAUUAUUAACAGAUAGUUAGAGACUAGUUUAAAAUAUUUUUUUUUAUUUUUACAAUUUAUUAUAUUUAAAAAAAAAACAAAAACAAAAGGACGAAGGAAAGUGUUGGCGUAAAAUGCAAAGCAAAAUAAACCAAGAAGAAGAGACACGGAAGGCAGGACAUACAUACAUACAGACACACACGGACUCGGUUGAGAAGAAACGAAUAAUUUCCAGUAUUGUUUAAUUGUAAUUGUUAUUGAUUGGGAACGGAUCGGAACGCCGUGGAAUGUGCGUGUAGAGCGGAAAUCUGAGAAACAAGGACGAAGUUAUAUGUAUAGGUUAAAGAAACAAACAAACAAACAAAACAGCAGCUGUAGGCCGUGCGCGGGCAGCUGGUUAGGGUUUAGUUUUUUUUUUUGUCCCCUUUAUACCCAAUCGUUAUUUACACUCAGUCUCUAAGUUGUAGUUAUUUAUGCGACAUUUACAUUUAGUGUGUAAGUGAAAUACGCGGAAGGAGCGAGGUGUUUAGGUUUAGGGCAGACGAGACGAGAUUCGGUUUGUUGCGUCUUAGUUGCAAUAGCUUUCACCGAGCGGGCGCGCGCGCGCGCGCGGAGGGCAAAGAAUCUCAGGUAUCGAAUUGGUCACCCUCCCUCCCGGGACGACGGAAAUGAGGCCUGCCUCGCCCCGCGGUGGAGUCCCCCUUUUGGUGGGGGGCAAACAAACAUCGUGAUUGUGAUUGUCGAAUCAUCCAUUAUUAUUAUUAUUGCUAUCAGUGCGAAGGGUGCGGAGAAGGCGACCCUGCCCACCCCCUCCGGGAAAUGUGAUUUGCUUUGUGAUCAUUUGCCAAAUAAUGUGUGUAAUGUAGAAGAAGAAUCAGAACAAACAAAAGAAGUUGGAACGCUCUAACGUUAUUUUUUUCCUUCUAUCGAUGCGUUUUCUCCCUCCCACUAUUGAAAAAAAAAACACUCUCACACCAACACACACACACACACACUCACACUUUCACAUCCUACCAACCUAGUAUUCGCUAAAAUUGGUUUGAUUAAUAAAAGGGAAGAAAUUCCGGAGAGAGAAAAGCGUGCGCGUGCGCGGGCGGGAUUGAAACGGCGGGCACGAGUCAUCUGUCAGCUGCCGGCAGCUCGCCGCACGCGCGACGCUCGAAGCUUCACCCGAAAGUGAGACAACACAAAAAAAAAGAAGUGUCAAAUCAAACAGGUAAAACGUGAGAAAAUCAAUCAUUUUUGUAACGGAAACACUGCUGAAAACAAUCAUUCGCGAGCGAACGUGCGAAACUAGAGAGAACGGACGGACGAACGAGCGAGCGAGAGAAAAUGUAAUACAAUGCGUGACAAUUCAUCAAGAGAAACACUUACCAACGUUAGAA